AUGUCGACGCCACCAGCGUCAUCGAUGGGUCAGAGCGACAUGGAGGGAGGGAAGAGGAAGAAGCUGGAGCUCUAUCGUGACGACGAGACCAAGAGGAACAUCGAUGACGAGUACAUCGCUGCCAUCUAUCGCAGGCUCGUUCCUAUUGUUAUCAUAGUCAUCUCUGUUGUCGGCAUCAUCAUCCUUCGAUGUUUCAUCACCAUCAUAUCAUAUCAUAUCAACAUUAUUUUCAUCGUCGACAUCACCAUCCCCAACACCACCACCAUCACCACCACCAGCACCAUCCCCAACACCACCACCAUCACCACCACCAGCACCAUCACCAACACCAACACCAACACCAUCACCAUCACCAUCACCAUCAUCACCAACAACAUAACCAUAGCCACUACAACCAGGACAGCACCUACACAACUGAACUUUGCUCCAGGAACCAUGAGGGUGAUAGGCGAUGCACGACCAGGAAGUCACGAUCGAUGGGAGCGGUCGACGCUGAAGACCAGGAACGAGAUCCAGGCAGAGGAGGAGAGGCAGGGGUAUGCGCUACAAAAGAAAGGAUGGCUGAAGGUACAGUCUACAAGGGACCCUCAGUUCUGGAAGGAACGAUAUUUCCUACUAGAUACGCAAGCGCAGAAGCUGACCUGGUCCUACGACAUCAACGUGCGAGGGAAGAGGAACUGGAAGAUCAUGCUGGGCAUGGCGGAUAUAGUCCGGCUGGAGCCGAUGAAGUUGGAACAGAUUCCUGCUGGGAUGAGGGAGGACUGGAGUCUCUUGUUCAGGGACCUGGAGGGCUCGACGUCGGACGGGGAUGGGGUGUACUCUGAAGAUCACAUAGUGGUGGGGGGUGAUGAGAAGGAGAGCUUGCGAGUGGCCAUCGUGGAGGCGGCGAGGCUGAAAGUAAUGGACACGGAUCCAAACUUUAGGAGGAAGGUGGCAAACGAGCUGAAUGCUCUUGGAGACAAAGAAGUGUCCUGGGACAGGCUUGACUGGAUGCAGAAGCUGCGGUCGAUAUGUGCGCACCGGGUGAAAGAGAUCGAUGCAGAGGUAGACGAGGAUGAGAUGCUGGACGAGGAGACGAUGGAGCAGCUUGUUGAGGAGAGGCAGGCGAAGUUGGACCAGCGCAUCUGGUACAACCUGGUGGAUGACUUGGAAAAGAACGGGCAAGUUUGGUCAGAGUUCUCCCCUUCGCAACGACUUCGGAUCAUGCACCUUGCGGAGGUUGAAACUUUAGUAAAUCAGCUCAAGGAGAUUUCAGACAUCGAGUGUGACCGACAGGAUGGUACCAAAGGCGACCUGGUCAAGUUCGCAAAGCAAGCUCUUAUGCCUACCACUGCUGGCGAAAAAGAGAUGGGGAACAAGGGCGAUGAUAGGGUGUACGAUGAGUUCCAGUACAGCAAAGUGUUCGUUUCGAGACUGCGAGGGAGGCUGAAGCGGGUUCAAGCACUGAAGAAGGUGGAAGAGGCAGGUAGCCGUUAUGUGCGAUCAUGGCUGUCGCUGAUGGGGACAAAAGAGAAGAAUGACAACGACAACGAGAUUCUUGACAUUCAGAUACCAAUUGCCAACGCCGAUUUGCCGGCCAAGUCGAAGAGGAAGAAGAAGAACAAGGAGAUGAAUGUCUCCGUCAUCUCGUCUCUCGAGUACGUCAGCAAGAAGGGAACCAACUCGGUCAAAGCCAACACGACGAAGGCGAAGAAGAAGAGACUGGCCAGCUCCUUGAGCACCUACUUCGACGGACGGCCUGUAGUCUUCGAGCCGUACGCCAUCUGGAUCCGAGGGACGGUGGACGCGAGGAGCAUCGUGGUGCUGGCAGACACGGAAGAGGAGGCGAGGACUUGGGAGCUGACGCUCAAGAACGCUGCCUACAACAACUUCAUCCGGACCCUCGAGAUCGCCAACAACCAGGCGGUAGAGCUCGAGCGGCUGUGCACCAUCGACCAGAAGAAGGAGAUCCGGUCGCGGCAUCUCGAGCAAGCGAGCCUCGACCUGCAGCACGCUAUCCACGACAAGCACCUCCAGAACGUGCUGGGGAGCAAGAAGCUGACGCAGAAGCUGAUGAGCAGGGACGGGACCGUGACGCAAGGAGUCGCUGCAUCGACCUCGUACUUCAACGAGAGGAUCUUCGAGCUGCAGGUGGAGAAGAAGAGCAAGAGCUCCAAACUCCCCACGUUCGCGGAUAGGACGAUGCUUCUCAAGUUCCAUCACAACGCGGUCAGACAAGACAUCGUCCUCACCGUGUCGAACCUCGUCGUCGAAAUAUUCCCUCCCGCCGGUCUCAUCACCCUCAUCGUCCUCCUCCUCACCAAAGAAACCCUCUCGGGCUACCUCAUGAUUCUCUCCUCCCUCCCUCUCCUCUUCAAGCCCUGGGUCAAAGUCGCCAUCGCCCGGCAGCGGAUCGAGCGAUCCCUGUGGCUGAACAAGCAGCCCAAGUUCAAGGGGAGGAGCGGGUUGCGGGAGGGAGAGUUCGGCAGGCUGUGGCUCAAGAACUUCAUCCUGUUCAUCACCACCUUAGGUCUUCACAGGGUCUGCUCAGACGCAGCUUUCAAGGAGGCCCAGUGGUUUGACGAGAACAUCUGCUGGGCUGACAACUCAGUCUCCACCCUUGGCCUUAUCCUCGCUGUGGACGAAGACCCCGACGUGGAGAGCAGCAAAUCUUGCGAGGUGAAGUACAUCGUUGAGGGAGGAUCAGCGGCAGAGAGCGGGCAGCUGCUGGUUGGGGAUGUGAUCGUCCGAGUUGAUGGGAGGACAGCAGACAAGACGUCAGUCCAGCGAGCUCUGACUGGUGCGUCUGCUGUUGGUGGUGGCCGAAACAUGACGAGGAGAAGGAAUGGCCGUGUCGACAACGAUGACGAAGAAGCAGGAACUAGCGCGAUGCUCGACGUUCUCAAGUCAAGGGAGAUGCUUAUCCCUCCCUACACCUCCCAGGGCGAAGCUGUCUUCAACGUCUACAGAGGUGAGUGCGACUUGAGCUACGAGCGAUAUCUUGUCGCCAUCCUCUCCGUCUGCACUGUCGGCCUUCUCGAACCAUGGCUCUUCAUCAGAUUCAUGAGGAAAGUGCAUCUUCCGGAGAACAUGCAUCUGGGAGGGUACAAUGUCAAGUUCAAGGGCUCAGUCACCGAGUACACCAUGCAAGUUUGGUUCUUCAACGCGGGUGAGGAGGUUGAGAGGAGGGCGGAGGCUUCUGACGUGGCGGCUCAAGGGAUGAAUCUCCUCACAUUCUGCCUCUGGAGCCUCCUCGGGUUCGCUCGCCACAAGUCUCUAACGUGA